AUGUCUGGAAAGCUUGACCAGUCUCUCGAUGAGAUUCUCUCGACCCAACGCCGCUCUGCCGGCGGACCCGGCCGUCGCUCUCAGCGUCGAUCCACUGGUGGUCGCCCUGCGGCCGCUGCCCCUGUCGGCGGUGUUCAGAAGACAUCGCGACCUGCGCGCGGCGCCGCCGCCAACAAGCCUAAUGCCGCCAAGCCCGCGCAAGGCUCUGGUGACAGCAAGGUCAUCGUGAGCAACCUGCCCAAGGAUGUCAACGAGCAACAGAUCAAGGAGUACUUUCUCACAUCAGUUGGACCCAUCAAGAGAGUUGACAUCUCUUACGGACCUAACUCUGUUAGCCGUGGCAUUGCCAACAUCACAUUCCGUGAGGCGGAUGGCGCUAGCAAGGCCUUCCAGAAGCUGAACGGUCUUCUCGUCGACAACCGCCCGAUCAAGAUUGAGAUCGUUGUUGGGGCUUCUCAGGCAGCCAACGUCAUCCCUCCUGCCAAGAAGACUCUUGCUGAGCGCACCACACAACCCAAGGCUCAGCCCAAGUCUGCUGCCAACAACAAGCGCAACAACAACAACAAUAACAACGCGAACGCCGGUAAGGGUGGCCCUGCCGCUGCUGGCACUGGCGGCAAGAAGCCCCGUGCCAAGCGCACCGGCCGUCCUGCAAAGAAGACGGCCGAGGAGCUUGACUCCGAGAUGGCCGAUUACUUCGAGUCUGGUGCCAACCCCAAUGAGAACGCCGCUGCCCCCGCUCCUGCUCCCGCAGCCACCAACGGCGACGCUGCUAUGGAGGAUGAGAUCAUGUAA